CCUCUCCUUUCCUCGUCAUUUUCCGUUUCUCUUUUGCAACAAACCCUCUCAAGUCUCAAUAUCUCAGCCAUUCAAGCAAACAAAAAAAAAAGUAAAAAUUAUACAAAAAUGAGCAGAUUAAUGGAGGUUUCUCGCAUGGCUACUCCUUUGUAUCUCAGAUCUUUCUAUCUUAAUGCUGUUAACUUCUCCCCAUUUUCCCGUGAUAGCCAUGAACCGCUAAACCCUAAUUUUUCACUCCAUAAUAUUCAAUCGUAUUCAUCAUCAUCAUCUCAAAAUCCCAAUUCCAUCAACAGCACAAGUUAUUAUAUGAAUCGAAUAUUUCCAAAAUCUAAUACCAGUUUCCAAUUAACUAAUGGCAUUUCCUUAAAAGCCGAUGUCUUACGCUUAAAUGAACGAAUGUUCUUGGUUGAUUCUGGAAUUGGAACUCCCAGAACUUGUUUGGAAGACCAGCUUAUUGGUGUGAAAAACAAUCCAAAAACUCGAUUUGAAAAUAAGGUUGGGUUCAUGGAUUUAGUUGCUGGUGAAACAGUGGUUAGAAAGUUUAUGUUAGAGAGGAUUUUCAUUGAUUUAGUAGCUGGUGAUUUGACUGCGAAAGAACGAGCUUAUGGAAGGUUUAAUGACUUGGUUGCAGAAUCUGCAGAUGCUGAUAAUGUGGUGGCUGGUGAACCUUUACUUGUUCUUCCGAGAAGAUAUAGACAAAAGAGAGUUUCCAUGGAAUUACGUAAGAUUUGGAGGACAAAUUCUCAGGUGAAAGGGUUUUAUGUUAAACGAGUAAAAGGAGGUUAUGCUGUAGCAGUUGCGGGUUAUAUUGCUUUCGCUCCUUUCCGAGGGCAUUUUCAACUUGCAAGAGGGGGUUUCAAGGAUCGUUUCACUAUUGAGAGUCUUAAUUUGAAAGAUAAGGAUAUUGUCGUCGUUUAACCAACAUCGUUUACAUUAGGGUCUAUGAGAGUGGUCCGUAGGAGACGUCCAUCGCUGCAAUUCAAGGCUUAUGUCGAUGUUGGAUCACCGAACAAAAAUAUGAAUGCUGGCUUCAUCGAAGCUGCAAACUAGUCGCAAAACACGGAAACAUUCAGUUUGGAAUUAGACUCUGCAAUUUGCUUUUGAUUUAUUCUAGUCAAGUUUUUUACAAAUGCCCUAUUGCUAUUGAUUUGAGUAUAGUAAUAUGUGAUGAUUCAAUAUAAUCUUAUAUAAUCAAGCUAGACUUCAUUAUCA